AGCUAGAUUCGUAUAUCUAAAUUAAUCAUUGAAGUAGGUGUACGUUAGGGAGGGUGGCCAAAACGGUUCCAACGCGUUACUUAAAGCCAUGUUCUUAACCAAGAUUUAAGCGAAGCCUCUUCAUGAACCCUACACCAUUCAGAUGCUCGUAUCCUUCCCAUCCAAAACCCUCGGCCUUAAAAUCACCGCGCGGUUAUCCUUAAACUUCCCCCUCUCUCGCCUCUCCGCCGCUCCCCACCCCUCGCCAUGGCUCCCGGCUCUCCGCCACGCUAUCCUCGCCGGCGACCUCCGCCUCGGCCGCUGCGUCCACGCCCUCAUCGUCACCUCCGGCGCCGCCCCGGACCGCUUCCUCGCCAACAACCUCAUCACCAUGUACUCGAAGUGUGGCUCCCUCCCCUGCGCCCGCCGCCUGUUCGACCAGACGCCCCGCCGCGACUCCGUCACCUGGAACUCUCUCCUCUCCGCCUACGCCUUCCACGGCCAAGCCGCCGACGCCCUCCUCCUCUUCCGCCUCAUGCUCCACUCCGCCAUGCCCCCGAGCCACCUCACCUUUCCGCCCAUCCUUAAGCUCUGCUCCAGCUCCCCCGACCUCCUUUCUACUUCCCAGGCCGUCCACUGCUGCUCCGUUAAGAUUGGCCUGGACUCGAAUGCGAUGGUUUCCAGUUCUCUGGUCAAUGUGUACUCGAAGUUUGGACUUUUGCACGACGCUCAGUAUCUGUUUGAUGGAAUGUCUGAGAGAGACGUUGUGCUGUGGAAUAUAAUGAUUAAGGGGUAUGCACAGAUGGGUUUGGUCAAAGAUGCGUUAUUUAUGUUCUCGGAGUUGCACCGGAGUGAAAUCCUCUGUCCCGAUGAGGCCAGUGUCUUCUGCAUUGUAAUGGGUAAAGAAAUGGAUAGGAAUGUGGAGCAGGUUCGGGCUUUUGGGAUCAAAUCAUGCCUUUUUGAUGAUAGUUCUGACGUGAUAAGUUGGAACAAAACUAUGUCUGAACACGUCAAGGCUGGUGAGAAUGAUUCUGUUUUGGCUUGCUUUGUGGAGAUGAAGAGGUUGGAUGUGGGCCAAGAUAAUGUGACAUUUGUAAUCGUACUUAGUGCUGCCACAGUUGUAGAGUGCUUGGAAAUUGGGAAACAGAUCCAUGGAAUGGCUGUAAAGACGGGAUUUUGUUCAGAAGUUUCUGUCUCGAAUAAUCUUAUAAAAAUGUAUGCAAAGAUGAAUAACAUGAAUUCUGCAAGGCAAGUGUUUGAUGAGAUGGAAGAAUUGGAUUUGGUUUCAUGGAAUUCGAUGAUAUCCAGCAGUACACAAAAUGGUUUGGAGGAAGAAUCAAUUGGUUUUUUCAUUGACAUGUUAAAGCAUGGGAUAGUUCCUGACGAAUUCACAUUGGCAAGCAUUCUUCGAGCAUGCUCAGGGAUCACCAGAGGCUCUUCCUUCCAUGAACAAGUUCACAGUUUUGCUAUAAAAUUGGGUCUAUUUAUGGAUAACUUUGUAUUAACUGCACUGAUUGAUGUCUAUGCAAAGAAGGGAAGUUUGGAGGAAGCAGAGAUUCUUUUUGGCGGCAUGGAUUGGUUUGAUCUGGCUUCUUGUAAUGCAUUAAUUGCUGGAUAUGUAACAAACCAUGACAAUUAUAAGGCAUUAGAUCUAUUUAUGUCAAUGAUAAGAAAUGGUGAGAGAUCUAACCAUUUUACAUUAGCGACUGUUCUUAAAGCUUGCAGUGGCUUAGUUGCAUUUGAACAAGGGAAACAAAUCCAUGCUCAUGCAAUAAAACUUGGUUUGGAUUCAGAUUUGUGUGUUAGUAGUGGGAUAUUAGACAUGUACAUCAAAUGUGGUGAUUUCAGGCAUGCAACUGCCAUCUUCAAUGAUAUCAGUGAACCUGAUGAUGUUGCUUGGACAGCCAUGAUCUCAGGAUGUGUAGAGAAUGGAGAUGAAGAAUAUGCCCUCACUCUAUACCAUCAUAUGAGGCAGUCGGGGUCUUUGCCUGAUGAAUUUACUUUAGCUUCCCUCAUUAAAGCUUGUUCUUGUUUGGCUGCAUCAGAGCAAGGAAAGCAAAUUCAUGCAAAUGCCAUUAAGUUGGAGUGUGCUUCAGAUGCUUUUGUGGGGACUUCAAUUAUGGAUAUGUAUGCAAGAUGUGGAAGUGUAGAAGAUUCAUACAAUUUAUUCAAGAGGAUGGAUGUGAAAAGUAUAGCUUCUUGGAAUGCCAUGGUGCUUGGUUUUGCCCAGCAUGGAAAUGGCAGAAAAGCUCUAGACCUUUUCAAGAGUAUGAGAUCAGAGGGCAUACAACCUGAUAAGAUCACCUUCAUUGGUGUUCUCUCAGCUUGUAGCCAUUCAGGAUUAGUUUCUGAAGCUUAUGGCUAUUUUGACUCUAUGCGUGCAGAUUAUGGCAUGGAGCCUGACAUAGAGCACUAUUCCUGCCUGGUUGAUGUUCUUGGCCGUGCAGGGCUUCUUGCGGAGGCAGAAAGGGUCAUUGACACGAUGCCUUUUAAUCCUUCAGCAUCCAUGUGUAGGGCAUUGCUUGGUGCAUGCAGAAUUCAGGGAAAGAUAGAGAUUGGACAACGGAUGGCAACCAGGCUUUUGGAUUUGGAGCCACUUGACUCUUCAGCAUAUGUUCUACUCUCUAAUAUGUACGCGGCUGCCAACCGAUGGGAUGACGUAGCUAAUGCUAGGAAAAGUAUGAAGAGCAGGAAUGUGAAAAAGGAUCCUGGUUAUAGUUGGAUUGAGGUGCAGAACAAGGUGCACUUGUUUGUUGUCGAUGAUAAGUCUCACCCUGAAAAUGAUGCUAUUUAUGAUGAACUGGAGGAUUUAAUAAGAAGGAUUAAAGGUGAGGGAUAUGUCCCAGAUACAGAUUAUGUGCUUUUAGAUGUUGAAGAAGAGGAAAAAGAGCGUUCACUUUACUAUCACAGUGAGAAGUUGGCUAUUGCUUAUGGCCUUAUAAGUACCGCACCACCAGCUAGAAUUCGAGUUAUUAAAAACCUGCGAGUAUGUGGAGACUGCCAUAAUGCAAUCAAAUACAUAUCCAAGGUUGUCGGACGCGAGAUUUUGUUAAGAGAUGCAAGUCGCUUCCACUGCUUUAAAGACGGAGCAUGCACCUGUGGGGAUUAUUGGUGAUUAGCUAUUCUUUCUUGUUCAAUUAUUCUUCCGACCUUGUACCAUUAGUGCCAAGGUAGAUCAUUCAAUGAUAAAUUAUACUGUGUAUAAUAUAUACUUGCAAUGCUUUGACACCUAACUGAAAAUGUCUUGUUAUUCUCUCUCAUGGCCAUCCUAAUCUGUAUAAACAGCAAAUUCAUUUGAUA